AUUCGUCGGAUAAAUUUUCGCAAACAGUCUUGUUUUCUGUGAUUUUCCGUUGAACCUCUGGCUUCUUAUAAAAUAAUCUCUAUUUUAAUCAGUAGUUUUAUAUGUAAUCGCUACGCUUUCUAUAGUUUCUGACAGUAUUAUAGUGUUAAUUCGUUGAUUCAGUGAAAACCAUUGACUGUAAGUUUUAGUUCGUUCGGAAAUCGCGUUCCAAGCAAAAUCACCACCCGGCUGUCGUCAAUCGGAUUUUAUAUGAAGAGAUGACAGACUCCCUGAAAGGAAAGAUUAAAUCCGUCGCGGUCAAGGAUUUUGUAACAUACGACGUCGUAAUAUUUUAUCCGGAUGAGCAUUUGAACAUCAUAAUUGGUCCCAAUGGAACCGGCAAAUCGACUAUCGUUGCGGCAAUCGUUUUGGGGAUGGGCGGUAAUUGCAAGCUGUUGUCCCGAUCCGGAAGUAUCGAAGACUACAUCAAGAACGGCAAGGAAAUGGCCAAGAUUGAGGUGGCCCUCUACAAGAAUUCCCGAGGGGACAUAAUGAUGUUCAAUCGCACAUUCAACCGAAGUGGGAUGGAUCGAUUCGAAAUCGACGGCACCAAAGUGUCCCACAAGGAGUUCCUCAAGCGUGUCAAAGACCUGAACAUCCAGAUCGACAAUCUGUGCCAGUUUUUGCCGCAGGAUCGGGUACAGGAUUUCACCAAAAUGAAUUCCCGGGAACUGUUGCUCAACACCCAGGCUUCGGUUUGUCGUCCGGAGAUGACGGAGCUGAUGAAUCAGCUGCUGGAGAAACGACAACAGCAAAAGACAGUGAACAAGUCCAGCAUGGACAAUUUGGCCAAACUGAAGGAAGCCGAGGCGAAGAACGAAGAACUGCGCGUUCAGAUUGAGAACAUGAAGGUCCGGAAGCAGUACGAGAAGGAAGUGGAAAUUUGCAACGCUCGAAAGGCGUGGUUGGAGUAUGAGCAAAUUUUCCUGGAUUUCAACUCGACGAAGGACGACCUGCAGUUGGCAAAAACGAACAUGAACGAAAAGCAGAAACGACUUGAUCCGCUAAAAUCCAAGGCUGCCAAACUGAACAAAGUCAAAGGGGAGCUCAACGAAAAGAUCAAAGUCGAACAGGCGGAGAUUCAGAAACAUGCCAACCAGUUGCGCCAGAUGGAAUCUAGAACCGAACAGCUAGAGGAUUCCAUUAUGAAGGCGAAACGUGACCUUCAGGACUCCAUUGCACAGGCGGCAGAUCGAGAAAGCCAGCUGGUGCAAGCCAAGGAAACCCUCUCGAUCCUGGUGCAGGAUUGUAAGAACGCCAUGGAAGAGUUGGGUUCCGAGCCCGUCCAGGAGCAGAAAAAGCGAGAACUCACCGCUCAAAUCGACAAGGUUAAACGAGAAGCUGACCUGCUGCUGAGCAGACGCAAUGAUUUGAACUUGAAGAUCGAAACCGAGCUCAAACCGGAGAUGGUGAGCAUUCAGAAGCGAAUCGAAGCGCUGGAGAACGUCGGGCAGGUCAAGAUGCGGUUGUUGCAGUCGCAGUUCGAAAGUGCCUACCAUGCAACGCUAUGGUUGCGAGACAAUCGACAUCUGUUCCGAGGGAAUAUCUACGAACCAAUGAUCUUGGAGCUGAACGUUCCGAACAGCGAAAAUGCAAAGUAUCUGGAGAAUACGAUCGCCAAGCGGGACUUGAUAGCGUUCACUUGCGAGGACCGUGACGAUAUGGCGCUAUUUUUGCGCAAAGUGCGACAGGAGAUGAAGUUGGAAGGGGUGAAUGUGGUGUUUUCGGAGCCCGCGGAUCGGCUGAUGUACAAAUCUCGGUUACCGAUUCAAAGUUUAGAGCGCUACGGUUUCCACUCCUAUCUGAUAGACAUGGUGGAAGCACCCUUCCCCAUUCUGAACUACCUCUGCAAAUCGUUCCAGCUACACAAUGUCCCCGUUGGUGCCAACGACUCUACCAAGUAUGCUUCCCAAAUGCCGGACGAAAUCCGCUUGUUUUUCACUCCGUCGCAUCGGUUUUCCGUUAUCAAAUCACGUUACACCGGCGAAAAAAGUUCCCGAUCGGAUGAAAUUCACUCUCAGAACCUCCUGAACAAAAACGUUGACCCGGAAGUGCUGGAAGAACGCAAACGAGCCCUGCAGCGGUUGGUGAAAGAAUGCGACAAGAUUCGCAAUCAUCGCGGCCAGAUUGAGGCCGACAUCAACAAAGUGCAGGAACAGUCUUUGGAGUUAACGGCCAAGCGCAGAGAAGUGGAUGAAAAGUUUUCACGUUACGUAAACUGCAAGCAUAAAACCAAACGGCAAGAACAGAAGUGUAACGAUUUGGCGAAAAGAUUGGUAGACAUCAGCGCGGAAAAGGCGAAAUUCAAGGAGUUUUGUGCGAAGACAAUCACCGAUCUGUUAAAGCUGCAGGGAAAGAAAGUGGACGAACUGGAUUUGUACGUGGCUGCUACGGUUAAGCACGAAGCCUACAAGCAAAAGUUGAUGAUUUUCCUGAACAAAAAUGCUGAUUUGGAGGGUGAAAUCCGAUCGGCGGAAGAUGCAGUUGAUUCUGCUAAGCGAAGUCACGAAUCUGUUUUGCGACGAUACGAAGAAGUUAAGGAUAAAGUGAAAAGGAAACUGAGUUUCGCCAAGAACCUGACCAACAAUACGAUACCACAAAAUGAAAAUUUUCCGUAUAAGAAAGAAUUCAGGAAACUUCCUUCUUCAUUAGAGGAUCUGAAUAAUCACAUGGAAGAGAUUCAGGCUAGGAUCGAAUGUAUGUCUCGCGACAAUGGAAAUAUCUUGGAGGAGUACGAGGCUCGCUGUCGACAGAUUGAUGCCUUGAAAGAAUCGAUCGGUGAUUCUACAAAGAAUACCGAUGCUUUGGAAGCUGAAUUACAGCAGCUUCAUGACCGGUGGUUUCCUGAGAUUAGCCGGGUGGUAGACAUCAUAAACGGAAAUUUUUCGCGAUUCAUGAGCAGUAUGGGUUUCGCUGGUGAGGUGGAAAUCAUCACAAAAGGAGUGCGUGACUACGAUGAAUACGGCAUUCAGAUUCGUGUUAAGUAUCGCAACACGGAAAAACUGCAGGCACUCGAUCGGCACGUGCAGUCUGGUGGCGAGCGCGCCGUUGCCAUUGCCACCUACACUUUGUCCCUGCAGCACAUCACGCAUGUACCGUUCCGUUGCGUGGACGAAAUCAACCAGGGUAUGGAUCCGCGCAACGAACGCAAGGUGUUCGAAAUGCUGGUGGAUGAAACCUGUCGCUCCGGCCAAUCGCAGUACUUCUUCGUCACUCCCAAGCUUCUGCCAAACCUAAAGCACAACGAUCUGAUGAGUGUAUUCAUAGUGCAUAAUGGGAAAUUUAUACAGGAUUCUCAUGUGUUCGUUUAUGAUCAGCUGCAAGAGUGUUAGAAUUACGACACAUCAUAAAUCAUGACGAGCAUUCUCACUUGGUGAUUGAAUUCCUACAUACCCUACUAAGUCAAAGCCGUACAAAUUUUUAGAAUUUUACGUGUAAUCUUUUAACGUUGAUUUGGUUCAUCCCAGAGUGCAACAUUGUUUUUCAUUCCGUUAGCAUACUUAUCUGUAUUAUAGACAUCUCACCGUAAGAGACAAACCAUUAAAACUUCCACAAAAAAAUAAAAUGUCUAUCGCCA